UUUCGGUGGAAGGAAGUGCCCUCCUGAUCGGCGCGUCUAACUCCCUAGUGGCAGAUCACUUACAAAGAUGUGGCUAUGAGUAUACGCUUUCUGUUUUCUUUCCAGAAAGUGGCUUGGCCAAAGAGAAGGUAUUUACUAUGCAGGAUCUGUUCCAACUCAUUAAAAUCAACCCCGCAUCUAGCAUCUACAAAUCGCUGGUUUCAGGACCUGACAAAGAAAAUCAAAAAGGUUUCCUCAUGCGGUUCUUACAAGAAUUGGCAGAGUACCAUGAGGCUAAGGACACUUGUGAUAUGGAGACACAGACAAGUGUCACAGUUCCCAACAAAGACUCUCUCGCUGAGAAACUGCGGCUUAUUGAUGAUGCGUUUGCAGAUGCCUGCUCUCAGCGUCCAAAGAUAGAGUCUUUAGAAGUAAAGUUAAAUGAAUAUAAGAGAGACAUAGAACAGCAGCUUCAGAAAGAAAUGUGUCAGAGGUUGAAGUAUCUUAAAGACACCGAAAUAAUGAAAAUUAAAAUGGAAGAAAAAAGGAAGUUUGAGAAAGAAUUAGCUGAAUUUCGAAAUGAAUUUGAGAAAGUUUGCCAAGCAAAAUCUGAAGCCCUUAUUUCUCGAGAAAGGGAUACCAUGGAGAGAAUCAAAAAGCACCAGGAGGUUGAAGCAAAAGAAAUCUAUGCUCAGAGGCAGCUUCUACUUAAAGACAUAGAUUUGCUGAGAGGAAGGGAAGCAGAGCUGAAACAAAGAGUUGAAGCUUUUGAACUAAACCAGAGGCUCCAUGAAGAGAAAACUAAAAGUAUGGCUGAGGCACUCCGGAGGCGGGAGCAGAAUGUGAAGAGCAUUGAGGAGACCUAUGACCAAAAGCUCAAGAAUGCACUGCUGAAGCAUCAGCUGGAGCUGAAGGAUGACUACAUCGUUAGGACUAAUAAACUGCUUGAAGAUGAAAAGAAGAUUAAAGAAAAGGGUAUUCGUUUACAAGAGGAACUUGCAGCUGUUACUUCAAAACAGGAAGAAUUCAGUCAGUCUAUAAAUCGUGUGAAAGAACUUGAGCUUGAGCUAGAAUCUCUGAAAGCCCAAUUGCUGACAAUGACAGAGCAAAACCGUAUGCUGAAUGAAAAAAUGAAAGAGAUGGGUGAUUACUCGCUACUUAAAGAAGAGAAACUGGAGCUUCAGGCACAAAACAAAGCACUUAAACAACAACUGGAAGAGAGUAAAAGUGAAAACUUGGGUCUCCUGAACCGCAUAGCUCAGCCAGCUCCCGAGCUUGUGAUUUUCCAGAAAGAAUUAAAGAAAGCAGAAAAUGCUAUUGCAUUUGAGCAUAAGGAGUUUGAAACCCACAAGCAGGCUCUCCAGAAACAGCUGCAAAGGGAGAUUGAGCACUCCACACAGCUAAAGGCCCAGAUCUUAGAUUACGACGCUUCUGUGAAGAGCUUAACCAUUCAGGUUGCCGAUUUGAAAUUGCAGCUGAAACAGACCCAGACAGCCCUAGAGAAUGAAGUGUACCGCAACCCGAAGCAGUCUGUGAUCGAGUGUUCUAUGAGCACAUUAAAAGAUGGCAAAAUGGUGCCUCAGAAUGGUGACAUCAGUGGGCAUUUCUUGAGUAAUCGUCUUGAACAAGAAAAACUUAUGGCCGUGACACCAAGGGUCAUACGUCAUUCAAGUGCAGUCUCGGAGGGGAGUUCCCCGGAUUCUGAUCUUGAGUUUGUAGCCAACACCAAGGCAAGGGUCAAAGAGCUGGAGCAGGAGGCCGAGCGUCUGGAAAAGGCCUUCCGAAAUUACCAUCAGAGAAUUUUGAAAAGCCCCUCUAGGAGCCCUGUCCCAGCCAGGAGCCCUCCCGCUCUCUACGUGGUGGGAACUGUGGAGAAUAACCCUUGCACUUUCCUGGAAGGACAUAUUGCUGCAAAGGACAGAGCUGUCCCAGAGCAGCCUGAGGUGGACACAGCAGAAGAGGAGCAGAGCAGGGCCUCAGAGGGGCUGACAGGCAGCACAACGUCCCGGCCACUACGGGGUGCCCCCUCCAGACGCCUCUCCUCUACGCCCCUUCCAAAAGUCAGGAGAAGCCUGCAUGAAGAAAUGUACCUGGAAGGUCAGAGCAGAUCUGCUGCUGCCUCCCCUGGGCCAGGUCUGCAGAGCGGGCCCCAGCCCUGGCCAGCGGAGCUGCAGCCCAGCCUCUCGUCCUGUCCCUUCCCGAGCCGUGAGGGAGAGGAGGAAGUGAGUGCUUAUCGAAGACAGACUGAACUUCAGGAGCAAGGUGAAAUUUCCGAUAUGGACAAGAAAAUUUCUAAGGAUGAUAAGGAAUUGGAGUCCUCUGGAUGUAAGUUCAAAAAUGCAAGGAACAUGCCAAGGCAGUUUGAAGUGGAUGCCCUCCAUCCUGCCGGUGACAUGCCACGCAGGGAUGCUGCCCUAGCCGCUGCAACCCUUGGAGCCAGCCCAUAUCACUACCCAGGUGUAGAUCGGAAACCGAUUGGAGAACAAAAGGAAGAAGAUAAAAUGCGGGAACAAAGACAGAGAGAAGAAAGAAGGCUUAGUGAGCGGCAAGGAGCUUUAGAAAGGGAGCAGAGAGAAUUGGAGCGGCUGGAUCAACAAAGGAGGAUGAUUGAAGAGUCAUUGAAAAUCGAAAUGAAAAAAGAAUUAGAAACAAAUAUUGCAGAAAUGAAAGACAAACCUGUUCACGGUGACAAUCCUUUAGAUAAAUAUAUGAAACUCAUCCAGCAGGAGCAAGACCAGGAGUUGAAUGAUGAGGUGCUGGGCCUGCAAGGGGGGCAGCCUGUUGGUGGGAGUAGUUUAAAAAAGACUUCCCAAGGUGACUCCCCAGCAGACACGGUGCCAUGUACUGAGAAAGAUGAAAGCUAA